AUGGAUGAUUGUGAUUCAGUAGUAGAGACGCUUCCCAAAAUUAGCAAGUUAAGGCAUCUAAGAACACUAAGCAUUUUCGUGGUGGGUUCAAAGCCAGGGUGUGGCUUAGCAGAGUUGCAUAGCUUAAAUCUGNGAGGNANGCUNAGNAUCAGAGGCCUUGAGAACGUCCNNAAUGAAUNGGAUGCUAAAGAAGCAAAUUUGAUUGGUAAGAAGGAGUUGAAUAUCCUNGAGUUGUCAUGGGAUGGUANUGNUAAUCCAAAAGGNAGUAAUGUAAGUGUGGAGAGAGUACUGGAAGNCCUAGAACCUCCCUCAACUCUCAAGAGUUUUNANAUGNAUGGAUAUCAGGGAAGGCAGUUUUCGAGUUGGAUGAGAAGUUCUCUAGUUUUGAGAGACUUGGUGAAUGUUAUACUCUCCGACUGUGAGAACUGUGAGGAGCUUCCCCCACUUGGUAAACUUCCACACUUGAAAAGACUAAUUGUGAGUGGAAUGAAAAAUGUGAAGUGGAUAGAUGGUGAGACGUAUGACGGCGUGGAAGAGAAGGCAUUUCCAUCGUUGGAGGAACUGAUUGUGGAUAAUUUACCAAAUUUGGAGAGGUUGUUGAGGGAUGAAGGAGUAGAGAUGCUUCCUCGUCUUUCCCAAUUAACAAUUGAAGAUGUGUUGAACUUUAAAGUCCCACGUCUUCCUUGUGUGGAGACACUUGAUGCUAGAGGAAUUGAGGCAGGGACUUCUUUCAUGGAAGGGGUUGGGGAGAAUAUGGCUUGUCUAGAGACCUUGAUCAUUAAAAUCAUUAAAGGAGUGGUGGUAUUACCUAACGAAUUCAGGAGGUUGGGUGCACUACAGGAACUAUACAUUGGUGAAUGGUAUGAUGUGGAGUAUUUUCCAGAACACGUGAUGGAAGGUCUAACUUCUCUUCGAACUUUGUCCAUUGAAUACUGUGAGAAAUUAAAAUCGUUGUCUGAAGGUGUGCGACAUUUGGGUCGUCUUGAGAGUUUGAAUAUCAGUAAAUGUCCAGAGCUGGUGGCUCUACCAAGCAAUAUGAGUCAAUUAUCUGCCCUGCGGAAGGUUUCAAUCAAUUUUAACUGCACAUUACCAUAUGGCUUACAAUGUAUCCCCUCCCUACGAGUUUUAGAUAUAAACCAUUGCACGUGUACUUCAUUGCCGGACUGGCUGGGGGACAUGACUACUCUUGAACAAUUAAACAUUUGGUAUUGUAAGGAGUUGAGGUCACUGCCGAGUAGCAUUCAACGCCUCACCAACUUGUCUUAUUUAAGAAUACACUAUUGUCCUGAUCUGAAGAAGCGGUGCAAGAGGGAAACAGGAGAGGAUUGGCAAUACAUAAGACAUAUUCCACAAUUGGAACUACUUUUCUAG